GUGACGAAAGCGGAAAUGGCUACGGACUGUCAGAGCCUCUUAGAACUGACAAUGGAGGGGUUGUGUCAGCCGCCGCAGGAGGUCAGAUCCGAGGUAACUAAUCAGCUUCUAGACCUUCAGUGGAAAAUGGGUAUGGCAGUGAGUUCAGACAGUUGCAAAUCUCUUAAGUCUCCUUAUGUUGCAGUGACACUUAAAGUGGCAGAUCAAUCAGGCCAGAUUACAAACAAGUCCUUUGAAAUGACAAUUCCACAAUUUCAGUACUUCUUCAAGCAGUUCAAAGAAAUGGCUGCUGUGAUUGAAACUGUGUAAGAGCAGCAUCCUUUGUUGUCAAUUUCCCAUAACCUUUGUAAGAUGAUGUGUGUCAUUUGAUGUAAAUACAAUUGCAUAAUGAUUAAAUGCUAUUUGUUAAAGGAAGAUAUAA